AUAAAAUACUUAAUAGGUACAUACAGCAUUUACUAAUCAAUCUCAAAAUGGCCCAUUUGAUGUGUUAAUAAAAGCUAUAAAUUUCUAAUCAUGGAGGCUGACUCUACUACUUGUGAAAACACUGUAAAAAGUGGUGAAGAAUCACUUAAGUUUCCUUUUCCUGUGCAUCCUGGGAACUUGAAGUUGUACCUGGACAUCAUUCACAAAGAUGGUGAAGGUACUACUGAGAUGAAAUUGGUCAAAACAUUUCAACAGCUGGGCUUGAUACCUCGGGAGUUGAAGUGUCCUAAGAACACUCCAGAAUGCUGUUUGAAGGCUAAACCUGCGAGAGUCGUAGACAGGGUGCAGUGGUGCUGUGAGGGCUGCGGCACGCGGGUGUCCAUCCGCACGGACUCCUUCUUCUACCGCCUGGCCUGCUCCAUGCUGCAGGUGCUGCAACUCACCCUCGCGUGGGCCGAAGACGCUGAUUGUGAAGUCGCUGCUCAGCACUUUGGUGUAAAACACAGAGUAGCGACCCAGCUCUACGACAAGCUAGACAACCUAGUGAUAGAAGAGGAGCAGCGGAGCCGGCUCGGGGGUCCAGGCAGCGUGGUGCUAGUGGAGGUCUACCCCGACUGCCUGCAGCGGCGCUCGCCCGACACCACCGACCACACGCACGUGCAUAGAGUGCUCAUGCUCGCUGAUACUAAUCACAUACCCACACGUUAUUGUCUACAUGUGAUAAAGGAUAAGUCAGCAAACAGCUCUAGUCUAGACAACAAGCUGCUAGCCGCCGAGAUUUCAGAGGUUCUCUCUCAGCGCGUGCUGCCCGGCUCGCUGGUGGUAGCGGGGGGCGGGGCGGCGGCGCGUGCGGGGGGCGGGGCCGCGGUCACCGACCUGCAGGAACUGUUGAAGCAUUGCGAUGUUGAUAUGCAGAAGUUCUUGACGGACCGCAUCUGGCGCCAAGCCCUCACCGUCUGCUCGGCGUCCCGCGCGCUCUGCACCCCCUCCCCCGCGCCCGCCCCCGCCCCCUGCGCGGCGCCCGUGCAGCGCUACCUGCGCGCGGCGCCGCAGCGGCUGCGCUGGGACGACGGCUACUUCGGACAUGUGCUGGCGCUGGCAGCCAAGAGGUGUGCCGGCGUGGCGGAGUAGGCGGUUUGGUGGUGAAAUUGUUCCCAGUAUUAGGUUGCCUACUGACUAGAGAUUUGCUAUGCUGCGUUGGUGUGGUAUUCAUCCCGAUUCGCACAUAUUAGUGUUGCUUCGUGCCGUCACAGGUCCGGAGAAGUUCUGUGUUAGGGAAAAUUCUUCUUUUAUAGUCAUGAUCUAUGUGCGAAUCGGGCUUUAAGGUCUAACCACCAGAGAUGUGCUAUGCAGGUAUGAUGCGCUAUGAAAGAAUGCCGUCUCCACCAGUACUAUGCUGACCAAUAAAUAUGGUUGGUGGAUAUUAGAUGCAGCAAUGGCAAUGCAGCAUAGCAUAUCUCUGGAGGAUAGGCACCCUUAGAGCUUGAACACAAUACUGCGAUGCAACGUUCCGAACGACGCCGACGACGCUCGCAUAUGCCCUAUGUACGGUCAGCUGCGUAAGUAGCUAUUCACAUUUGUAACUUGUCAAACUACCUACUUAACAAACCGUCAAUGUUUGAAUAAAUGAAUAAGCAGUUGGUGAGUUUGACAAGAUUUAAAAAUAUACAGGUACUUAUGCAGCUGACUGUACAUGUACCUUAGUAGAGAGCGUGCACGCAAAAGUCGUGAUGCAAAAGGCAACCUGUGUACGUCAUGACGUAGACAGGUUGCCUUUUGCAUCGCGACUAUUAGCAGUUUUGAGUACGGGCCCUUAUAACUACAAUAUAUUGAGAUGAUUUAGACCAGGAGUUAAGUCGUUUAAGUUUUGCGCAAAUAGUUACUGUUCUCUAUUAAGGAACAAUAGUAUUAAAAUAGUUUUAAAAUAUAUUGAAAUUUAGGUAUUAAAUUUGAAAAGAGUUGAUAUUACUGCUAUUCAAUUAUUGUGAAGAGUGCUUACCUUUUAUGUAUCUCGUGUGCCUUACCAUACUUUAACUCUUCAACUGUUACUAGCUGUAAGUGUUUAUUCAAAAGUAUAAUUUACUUUUACAAUGUUGUUUGUUUUGUUUUUAUAGAACAAGUGAUUGGAUAAUUGUAAGAUUACUGAGCAAAAAAAAUACUUAAUAAGUAAGAGAAAACGUUACUGAUGGGCAACCGCUCCAUAAAUCAUAAUUUUUACAUAAUUUUAGAUUUUUAAACGUGUGGAUCAAAAUUUAUUAAAGCUAUAUUUACUCGAAAAGCCUAUUUAACUGAUAUUAACAAUGUGCCUUAAAAGUGUUGUGUAUUUUAUCUUCCUCUACCACUGAUAUUAUUAAGUGUCUUCCGCAUUAUAACUACAUUAAAUUUAAGUUUCUAGAAAUAUAUUAGACUUGUUUGUUGACGAACUUAUAUUAACAAAAUUAUCGAGUGUAUCAUGUAAGAUCACCAGUUAUACUUAGAUAUAACAUAGAAUACAAAUAUAUUUGAGCAUUAAAUCUAAAA